CUUCACGGAAAGGGAAUGUACCACAUACCGGAAGUGACACGGAAGUGAUGAGCGUGGUCUUUUCGUGUUGUUGUUGUGGAGUUUAUGGCGUCAAAGAAGUUUAUGGUGACCGCCCGAACAUGGACUGCGGCCGAGGGAUGUUUUGCCCGUUUUGUGGCAAACACAUGAACAGCUUAACGCGGUUUUGCUUUACGUGUGGUCGGUGUUUGGAGUUUUUAAAGGACGCGGACCAGACGGAAACACCAGACAUACUGCAUCAUUGCGUUCAAUAUUUUAACGAGGGUCACUCGUACGCUGUAAUCGUGGACAUGAUGUCAAGUCUACACGGUGUAAACAUCAGCUUGAGGACUCUUAAAAGUAAACUGAACGAAGCCGGGUUGUACCGCAGAAAGGAUUAUUCCCGCCAAACGCCGUGAGUAACGCCAUCAGAUUUGAACUUCGUGGACCUGGACAACUAUUUGGUUACCGCACGAUGUGGCAAGUACUUAAACAAAAGUACAAUCUUCGAGUGAAGAGAGAUGAUGUGAUGAAUUUGCUCCGGGAGCUUAAUCCUCGAGGGUGUGAGAGCAGAGCACGCAGAAGGUUUACAAGAAGAACCUACCACUCAAUGGGACCUAACUAUAUGUGGCACGCAGAUGGUUAUGACAAACUUAAGCCAUUCGGUUUGGCCAUUUCGGGAUGCAUAGAUGGAUUUUCACGUAAAGUAUUGUGGCUUCAAUGUGGACCAACAAAUAAUAACCCAACAGUGAUUGCUCACUAUUUCAUGUCAUGUGUGCGAAACCUCGGUGUCAUCCCCAUGAGACUGAGGACUGAUUGCGGCACUGAGAACGGCAUAAUGGCUGCAAUUCAAUGUACCCUACGCCACCAUCACAGUGACUACUACUCUGGAGCGUCCAGCCACAUGUACGGCUCAUCUAUAAAUAACCAGCGUAUUGAGUCCUGGUGGUCUAUAUUUAGAAAGGGAAGGUCUCAGUUCUGGAUGGAGUUAUUUGCCGACCUUAGAGAUGCCGGAUACUUCAACGGGAGUCAUGAGCAUCAAUGCCUAUUGAGAUAUUGCUUUGGUGAUGUUAUUCAGAAGGACUUGGAUGAGUGUGUGAGACUGUGGAACAGCCACAGGAUUCGCCCUUCCAGAACAGCAGCAUGUCCAGGAGGAGUGCCCAAUGAACUCUACUACUUACCACACAGGUUUGGCUCCAGAGACUGCGGAUUUCAAAGUGAACAAGCUGAACUGGAUGCCCUUCCUGAGGCUAGCCUGUCAAUGACUCCUUGUGGGGACCCAAACAUGCAGGAGUACUUGGACUUUGCCAUGGAACACAAUCAGUUACAGAAGCCAGACAACUGGGAGUCUGCAUCCGAACUGUACAUGAAACUAAAAGAAAUGGCUCAGCUAUGAAAUGAUCAAAAAGGGAGGGUUUUUUGUAGUGGUGGAAUACUGCUGUCUGUCUGAACACAAUAUUUAUGAAUCUGUCACCCAAAGCUUAAUUGUUUUUAAGUGUGAAGUAAAUUAAUCAAAAAUAGUAA